AUGAACACCAGCUCACAACUACCACCUGCCGACUUGAUCCCAAGACUAGAAGGCUAUCUGAAGAAUCUCCAGUCAUUAGCCCAGGCGAUAUCAACCGUUAGAUACCAAACAUUUCCCAGCCUGAUCAACAACCUCCAACAACCAAUCCAAGCUUGCGAUCCCAAUAACCCGAGCAGUUCGCCUGACCACCUCAACGAGGUCAAGGAGAACUGGAAAUGCGACUCACAAGAUCUCCUCCAAGGUCUCAAGGCCCUGCGCCUACAGGCAAUGAAUUCUCAAGAGGCUAUGAAAUAUGUUCGCGCGACCACACAGACCAACAUGCACCUGACUAUCGAAGAGAAAGAAAAGGCGUUCGAGGAGACCCGUCUGCUUAACCAAAAGACCAAGGAGGAUGGACUGCAAAGAUUCAAAUCAAGAUCUUCGCUAUCGAGGAGAGCCAAGGCGACAAGCCCGAUCAUCGAGCAACAUAUCAUCGAGACUGAGCUGCUCAAGCGGAAGAAAUUGAGACUGCUAAAGCAGCGUUGCUCGUUCCCUGAAAUAUUUGUCCCAGUCAUUGACUUAAAGGAUUGCAUCCAAAGGAUCAACGCUUCCGAUCGUCAAUCUGGCCAUCUCACCUUCGUCUCCGAAAACCAGAUCUUGCUCAAAGACGUCAUGAAGAUCUUCGUCGUGUUCAAACGUACCACUCAAUCGCACAAACUCGGUCCUAGCCUGGUCAUAGAGAGAGCCUUCUGCUUCGGUUUGACAGAGUCUCCAACAAACACCUUUCAGCGAUCUUCGUUUGGCUUAAUUCGCUCGAUUAACAGAUGUAUCAAUCAUUACAUCAACCGAUUUUUCAACACGAAUCAUGACCAAAACGCUUCCAAUCUGUGGCUGAUCUGUUCGCUAUUAUCAAGCUAUAAGGAUUUCUUCAAAGCCGAGAUAAGUCCGCCAUCGGGAAAAGAAGCUACAGCAGUCACGACCAACAAUCUAAGAUUGACUCAUCUUCAGCCCACUCAACAACUGCAACAGCAACAUCAGCAACAACACCAACUGACCGGUCUAUCGAGCCACCCGUCGAAAUAUGAUACCAUCAGUAGAGACAGCAACCAAUCCUUCUUGACCUGGAGACGCUGGAAACUUGACCCUGCUUGCUUAGAUAAACUCCUGACUGAUCGGUCUCCUCAUGACCAACCUAAAAACGCAGAACAACAAAUAGGUCCAGUUCCUGAUCAGUCUCAACUUGAUCGUGAUGCGCUUCAUGAUGUCUUAAGCGGAGGCCAUUGGGCCAAAAUCCCUGAAAUCAAUUGA